UCCACCAACUCCUGUUCGCUGUUCCUUCGUCAUUCGUUUUCUGCGCCAUCACAACACAUUCGGUGCCCUCUAAGAAUCAUGCGCGCUCUCAUUAAGUCUACACCAGACACUGGGUGAUUAACUCUUCCACUCCCGGCAUCAUUCUGAUCGCCAUACUUCUGCCAGAACGCAGAAUUCAAAGACACCCCGCUAUUCCUCCCCGCACCAAUUCUGCGCAAGUCCGACCGGCAGCUUCAACCAUCAUGCAGCCUCACCAGCUGGAGAAGCCUAAGAGGGCUCCUCGAAAGCACGUCACCACAGCCUGUGUCGCUUGUCGAGAGAGUAAAAUCAGAUGUGACGGCUCUACUCCACAUUGCCAAAAUUGCCAAAGGAAAGGGAAGGAAUGCAAAUAUCAACAUGGAGAUGACAAACGCAAAGUAUCCUUACGUGCUGCGACAGAGCUUUUCUCCGCCAGGAUUGAUCAGUUAUGCCAGUUCAUUCAUGAUCACGGUCUCGAGCCUCCACCGAUGAAGGAGGAGGAUGAGUCGGGUAUGAACAGAGUUCUCGACACUCUUCAAAUCCCUCGCGCGUCAACGAAGACUGGCAAUUUACUCGCAGCCAAUGCGCAGAGCGCAUCAACUUUACCCACUGCUACCGAUUCCCCUGCCCAAUCCACAACCUCCCCUCAUUCAACGUCAAAUCGCCAGCUCGAAAUUGAUAGUGCACCUGAAAUUUCACCGGCCUCACAAAGCAUAAUCCCUCACCAGUCGUCUCUACCCGUCACCGAUAUCACUCGGGAGGCCAUGGCUCAGUCCGAAGUCAACUUGGGACUGUCUAGUAACAUUAAACCUGCAUCGACUUGGGGGUUUACUCUUCCAACAGCGGAAAGCCUGGAUGCGCUUUAUGCCAACAUAGAUCGUAGAUCGAACGGAUCGCAGGACACCAGCCUGAGUCCGGAUAGCCUGCAACUGUCGCAAGACAUAGCUCAGCAACCCGGGGUGCUGUUGAAUCUGGGUUGGAAUGAUAAGGAUGUGGAUUCGAACAGUGGCGAGGAAGACGAAGCUGAGAAGGAUGUCAUUGAGCAGAUCUCGCACCGCAUUGGGACCCUCAAGCUUUCGGGUGAUGGCCACCUACGUUUCUUUGGCGCGACCUCAAACCUCAACCUGGUGGACGUUUCGGCUACACAACAGCAUCAGCGUCCAGAUGCCCGUACAGUCCGUCAUGAUGGUCAAGACAUCCUGAACCAUCUGCGUGUGGGCCAGCACGUCAGUCAAGCGCUGGAGGAUCAUCUUGUCGAACUCUACUUCACGUGGCAGAACCCCAGUACCUAUGUGGUAGAUAAGGAGAUGUAUUUGAACGCUCGGUCGGAAUGGAGAAACGAUCUGAUAGAUACACCUUUCUAUUCGGAAGUUCUCACUAAUGCUAUGUGCGCGAUCGGAAGUGCCUUCGAAGCCCGAUAUCACCCCACCUUCAUCACAUUUCCGAAGUCGCUCUCGGAGUUCUUCGCGGACAGGGCGAAAGCUCUCCUGGAGAUUGAACUGGAUUCUCCCUGCGUUGCUACGGUUCAGGCCCUUGUUAUACUGAGUUCCCACGAGGGCUCAUCGAACCGUGAUGCUAGAGGUUGGCUUUACAGUGGAAUGUCGAUGAGGCUUGCCUUUGAUCUUGGGUUGCAUCUUGACAUGACACCCUACGUGGAGAAAGGCGACAUCAGUGUCCACGAAGCUGAUGUCCGUAAGGUAGCGUUCUGGGGAAGUUACACUGCGGACCACUUCUGGGGAUUUUAUCUUGGAAGACCGUUCCGUAUGAGUACCGGAGAUAUUACAGUUCCCAAGCCUGCCUCCGACUUGGGUGCUGAGAAGGAAGCUAUGUGGCAUGCCUACGGCCUUUCAAACAAGUCAGAAGCACUCGAGGGUGGGCUGAAAAAUCCCAACGAGUUGAUCAGCCGCCAGUUCGCCGUACUGUGGGAGAUAAUCUCCCCGGUUGGCCACAUUCUAUAUGGAUGCUCAGAUAUAUCCCGUCAUGAUCUACAGAGACUGUGCCACCGUGUCACAGAUGACCUAUUCGCCUGGAAGGCAAAUCUGCCUUCCAACUUAGAUAUCGACAUUUCAAACGAUGCCGCCCCCAAACUGCCCCAUCUCUUGGUAUUACACAUGCAAUAUCACCAAAUAGUCAUCUUCACCCACCGUCCCUGGGUGUCGAAAAGCUACAUCCAGCCGCGUAGCCCCCGUCAGGGCCCCGGCUACCAUCAUGCGCGAAGAAUGUGCAUCGAGUCUUCUACGGCCAUCGCGCAACUCCUCCACAUCUAUGAGAAAUACUAUACCUUUCGUCGCAUGAAUAGCCAGGUUGUAGCUAUGAUAUUCAGUGCCGCACUGAUUCUUCUUUACGUUACCAUCUCGAAUUCCCGACAAGGUAGCGACAACGGCAAUAAUGCCGAAAUGGUCGCAUACCUGAACCUUUGCUUCCGUGCCCUGGACGAAAUUGGUCAGUCUUUUGAGAACGCGAAGCGCACGCGGGACUUCCUCGUAAGUCUUCAGCGGCGAUGGCAAGCACAUAUGCGUCGUUCGGGUUCUGCUGUCAAGCGUCAGAUGAGCCACCGAACACAGUCACAGAAACCCAUAGGACGAACAAGGGACGCAGACGUGUCGAGGAAGAAAUCGCGGACCGCAGCGCCUCGGAAUCAGGCCGCGAUGCCUCUCUCGCUGCCGACAGCGCACUCGCUUACUGCUGCUGGUUUGCCAUUCGGCCAACCGCAGGUUAUGACUCGAGCAGCCCAGCACAUACCAGUGGAUCCCGCCCAACAAUCCGUCACGGUUCAACCGGGGGAUUUCGACUGGAUUCGCGAUUCGGACCUGCAGCUGCUGUCCGACAAUCUUGGCGAGGACGGCUUUCCACCCCUUGGGAACACAAACUUGUAUGCCGAGGACACAGCCCUACCCUCGCUCAAUGACAUCGAAUCUUGGUGGGAUUCGCCCGAGGGGAACACAUUCGGGGGUCCUUCCUUAUGACCAUAGACUAGACAUGAGGAGAUCU